AUGGCAGCCCCUUCCUCUUCUCCAGUCCACUUUGACGAGGCAAUAGGGCCAGCCAACGACGUCCAAAUCGCAGAAAACAGAGGAAUGCUUAACAAGGACCACUGUGCCAUAAUUCAGGGCCUCGCAGAGUCCUCCGCCAGUUCCCCCAGGGAACAAAUCGCUGCUGACUUAGAGCAAUUCCAGAAACUCCUCAAUGAAAUGCUGCAACCAACAGAAGACGCCACAGUCCUAAAGGCGUUUCGUCUUGGUAGCCGUACAAAUGCCGCUCCGAAGACGCGACCACGACCCCUAAAAAUCGUCCUUGGUAGCAAUGAGCAGGCGAAACUAAUACUUUCCAGGCGUUUUCGAUUGAAGCAUUCCCAUAAAGGAGUGUUUUUUCAGCCGGACUACUCACCAGCCGAGAGAAUGAAACGCCGCGAACUUGUCCUAGAAUUGAGAACACGGCAAACCAACGGAGAGAAAAACUUGACAAUCUACAAAGACCGGAUUGUCAAACGACAUUCCGCUCCCCUCUGGAUCAAGCCGAUCCGAAUGACUGCACAGCUACCCCAGAAGCCCGUGUCGGGUUUGAAAACAAAUCUCGCAUGAACUAGAAACUUAUAUUCAUGUAUACCAACGCGCAAAGGGUACUUUCUAAACUGGACGAACUCCGUAUCCAUACCUACGACCUCCAUCCAGAUGUUAUCUCAAUAACAGAAACAUGGUUGUCCGAACAGGUUGAUGAUAGAGAGCUUAUGCUCCCUGGAUUUCAACUGUUCCGCCGAGACAGAGAAAACAGAAGGGGUGGAGGCAUAAUAACAUUUGUUAAGAACGGCUUGCACGUUUCAGAAAAAACUGCCCAACUGACUUGUAGUACCAAAGCAUUAUGGCUGACCAUAAGGGCACCGGGCUCUCAAAGUCUCGAUAUCUUGACAGUAUAUCGCCCCCCGAGAAAUGACCCUGACGCUGAUGCCCAACUGCUAGAGGAGCUCAGAUUAUUUUCAACGCGGCCGACCACUCUCAUCGUUGGAGAUUUUAAUGCACCCUAGUGUUUUCUCUUGAUACUGUCAAUGGAUAGGCAAACUUUCUAGUAUAACCGGAUUGGAUUCCAAUUCAUACUAAAAUGUUUAAGGCACACGGUUAGUUCUGGGGAAAGGUAGUCAUUUAUGUGUAAGUAUUUUUUAAUUUAUUUACCAAACUUUGUGUUCUUUAAAAACGACCUUUUUACUGGCUUAAAACUCUGGGGGACACAGCAUGGACAGACGUUGUGUGGAGGGAUCUAAUUGCGAAACUCACAACAUUUCAUUAGUAUGUACAGCCACUGGAAUUUAGAAUCUCAAAUUUAAUUAUCUGGUGUGAUGAUAAUUUCUUUUAGAUAACGGAUCUUCUCCGAUGUCACAAUAGCCAUUUACGCUGAAACUGGCAUAGAAGUAACGGAAGCCUCUUAGUUUUUAUUGAAUUUUUCUAGAAAUCUGGUAGCAAUAUUGCUUCAGCCGUCUUCUGCGCAUAGUAAAAACGAAGUCAAGAAGACCGGAAAGGGACGUGGGCGCAGUGAAUGAAGAUGAGCAGUGCGUACAUAAAAAUACAGGCUGCUCACAUAUGAGCCACCCAACACCCCUGAAUGAAACUAUGGCCUGAAGUAAAACUUAAAUAAAAAUUGGCGAAAUUAUUCCUAACAGACACAACGAAACGCUUCCACAGAUGUGGAAUUCCAUUUGAAACAGUAUUCUUAUUUUUUCGAUCGCAAUAAGCGUCAGGAACAUUGAUUGGCAGCCUUAAACGGUCGAUCGUACCCUCAAAACGAUGAGCUAUAAUGAUAACACACGGGUUGCCUCUCCAUUGUCUCGCAUCUGAGCUCCCACGCGCUUAUAGCGUGCGAGAAUAGGUGGUAGAGCUUAAGCUCCGCCUUUCUAUCUAACAGCCGAGUCAUUUCCAAGUCGUUAUUAUGGUAGCACUUUUUACGGAAAUUAAAAAGCCGCAAUUUCUGAUUUUGAGUAACUACUAGAAAGCAGACAUGGAAUGCUACACGAGUAAUUGAGAAGGGGUUAGUCGAACCUCAUUUUGUAGCAGUACCUGUAGUAGACAUGUAUCAGCCAAUACUUAACCCUAGCCGCAACCCCUAACCUUAAUCCCUAACACCUCAUCCUCACCCCUAAUCCCAACCCCUAACCCUAACACUUAGUCACUAAACCUAAUCCCUAACAGGUACGGCUACGAAAUGAGAUCUUGCAAGAAAUUCAAUGAGAAAUCAACAUACUAUUGCUCACCAAGUAACUAGGGCUUACGCAUUAGGUUAAUAAAUGUUGCCACCAGUUAAAACCUCCUGUUUCCAUUUGAGAACACGUCGAAAAGUCAAAAAAUAGUUAAUGAGUGUCCACGACUACUGAAUUAUCGCCUUCCUCUUGGGAAUUACGUGGCGAACGCGUAAAACGCAGACUAAUCCCGGUAACAUCUAUAAUAAAGAUAUAGGGAGAAUAUACCUCCAACCGCAGGACGAAUCGCCAACAUAGAAUUUCGUCCCUUUAAUCUCCCUCUAAUGAGUCUAAGAAAAUGUCUCUGGGAACGUACUGAGUGGUGUUUCUUUCGCCGGGACCAUUUCGUUACCCCCAAUUGCAAAAUGGUAUUUUAACGAGACGAAAUGCAUUGCUUGGACGGUUUUACAACUUUUGGGAAACGCCCAACUGCAAAAAUGGGGUAUUUACUCGGAUGCGUUACGCUGUUGUAGUCAAAUACGUGUCCGGGAUUUUUGAGUCCCUAUCGCAGCAGUAACUUAAACAAACUGAGAAGCCUGCUAUUUUGCCAGUAAGGCGUACUUCACAAAGUUGACCAAGCUCCAACCAUGAAGAUAACUCCUUGGCAUAAUCCCUUAGCCUGCAUCCAGAUCAGUUCAACUAUCCUACUUUUCCUCGCUUUUCCAGAUUACGAAUCUGAGGCCCACCAUCUACAGCUGCUCAGCUUUGACGAUCCUGAAAAUUGUCUGCAAGAGUUUAGGGUUUUUCAUCUCCGCAAAACGAUGAAGUUUGCCAUUUUUUAUGCCACCCAGAGGACUAAUGAGGAAAUGACCGAGAAUGACGUUCAAUUGUUCGUCCACGCCGUCGAAGGCUGCAGUCUGCGAGAAGACGUACGUAAUCAGGCUCUCCUUAAGGCUCUAAUUGAGGCUGAAAAUCUUGCCCUACUCCCAUACAGUUUCACCGUACUCAUCGGACCAGCAUUGCCUGCAGAUUGCAACUUUGUUUCCGACUGGGUCAGACAGGGCGAUGUUGCCGACCUCAUUGGUCUCUACCAAAUUCAAUAUAACUGUCGUCUGAAUGGGUUGGUUCAACCGUCUGUGCAAUUAAACAUUUCGAAUCCGGGGGAAAAAUCGGCAAGAGACAUGGUGGCCCUCUCGAUGACUAUCCAGAUUUCCACAUUGCUAUCAUCCUUAAAUGUGCUUCUGCGACACUACGGUUGGCAGAGAAUUGCAAUCUUCUAUGAAGUAAGUCUGGAAAGCCUGCAGAAUAUACGCUUGGCGGAACGUUUUCGGGGUUUUUUUUCUUACUUGUCAGCGGCUACGGAAACCCUGAACAUUGUGGCCUUUCGAAGCCUUCGUUGGGGUUCGCAGCCAAGUUGGUAUCUGCAAAAUUUCACCAAGCCCGUCGAUGGUGAGUAAAGUUUGGUUCAGUAAAUUAACAAAAGGUCAUCGUGACAACAAAACCUGCAGUUAAGCGCAAUUUCCGCCAUGUAUUCUAGCAGAAUUAGGUUUUCUUUACUAGUCUUGUCCGUAAAUAGAAUGCAUAUAUGUGACUAAACAUUUACAUCAAACCAGGCAACAGUCACAUUUUAUUUAACAUGUGGGAAUUAACUACAAGACAUAAUUUUCUCGAAAAUUUGAAAAUGAACCUUUUUGUGAACCUAUUACGCAGCGGCUGAUCGUCUGUUGCGCCCUUGUUGUAGAAUCCUCUCUCACGUGUGAUACAGUUAUCUCUGCAUUAUGGUUAUCUGUUAGUUUGUGGACAAACGCCUUCUGACCUUAAAGCUUUUAACUUGAAUCGAUCGUCCGCAGGUCAACAGAGCUCAGUUCCGAUGCCGCUGAUAAACCUCCAGGCUGCACAAGAGAGGGUUAUCGGCGAAAUGUUUUAAAAAUUAGACUUCAAGAAGAUUCCUCAAGUCGAACAUGCACUCAUGAUUACGGAAGUUCUUAGUUGCCCGGAGGACAUAAUAAAAUCUGGGAACUACCGCCAUGCGUAGCUCCUGGACAUGUUUGUAUUCCAAUACGAUUAAAUAGAAAGACGAUCUAAUAAAAGACAAGUUACUGCAAGACAACUGUUUACAUUUCCCAGCGAUACAAGGAGGAACGCAAAAAGGAGGAAUUGAAAAAAGCAUGUAGGUACUGACGCAACAGUGCUCGGAGAUUUGUUUGUUUUGUUUAAAAGAAAACAGUGUGCGCCACGAAUUACGCUGUUGAAAAACUGAUCGUCAGCUCUAACCUUAACGUUGUGCAUUUUGGAAGGUCUUGAAGCCUAUCACAGUGUCCGGUAAGAUGCAGUUAUGUAGCCCCACCUGAUGGACAUAAUACUGUUGAGGUUAUGGCUAGGGGUUAGGGUUUGGGUUAGAGUUAGGGGUUAGGACCACUAGCUCUAAACCACUCAAAGUACGACCCCGUAUUCCCAGGGGCUCCGUGACGAGUCGUCAAAACGCAAGUGUACACAGUAAAUGAAAGAGGUUUAAGAGCAAGAUUGCCGUCAGACUCAAAAAUCACAAAAUCUACUGACGAAUUUUCAAAAUCGGACGAACUCGCGGUAGUGUCUGUAAUAUUAAAAGGAGAAAACUAUCAGAUCUAGACGGGAAAUAUUAGAUUCAGCCCUGAUAUUGCGGCACACAUGCAUCAACUUGCAAGCAAUUAAAAACUUACCUUUAUAACCGAACAAAGAUUAGAUGAGUCGCCAUUGUCAUUAACUAACUAGUUAAUUCAUCCCUAGUAAAUGCAUGUGCUAACAAAACCCUUAUCCCAGAACAUACUCUACUCUGUUGUUGUUGGAUCUGCCGAUGUUGGUGAUAAUGGGUGUCGACGGAGUAGGGAGGCUGUUAGCAAGAAUUCCAUCGCCGGGUUCAGCAGAUUUUGACUAUUUGUAGGUUGUGAACCGGCGUAACCAGUUGGCCGGUUGUCCCAGUUUUAAUCUAUGGAGUUCUUUAAAUUCCACCUUUUGAGGUCAGGCCAAGUUAACUUUCUCAGUAGCCAAUAACGUUGUACAAUCAAAUGGUCGUAAUAACUUGGGCAACUUAUAGAACUCCGAUUGUUCACAAAGGACUAUCGUUUGCAUGUGAGCAAUACAAUUGAGGUGACUUUGAAUGAACAAGGCUUUCGAAUCAAAACGUCCUAAGCGAUUUUCAGUCUCUUGGUUCUUCAUGGGUACAGUCCGUCCUUACAUCACACCCGUGAGGCCAAUUUUUGUCAGCGGUCCCUAAUGCGCUAUGCUUUUGCACAACUCAAACGCUAAAUUUCGAAUGCUGCUCAAAAUUGUAUUUUCGCUACCCAAUAAAGAUGUGGGUAGGCGUUUAUUUGGGUUACAUAUUACUCUGUGUGAACGCAGGCUCAGAUGGGAUUAAGAUGUCUGAGAAGGAUACGUUCAUCGAGCCGCCAUUGCAUCUCCAUUUUGAAUGAAACCAACCUAGCGUUUACCUGCUCUUUUGUAGUUAUCUGAGAAUUAGAUCGAACAUCAAGGCCGAUGUCAAAGAUCGCUCCGAUCAAAUUAGCUAAAUAAUUGUUUACGGUGAAGCCAUGCUUGCCUGUGUGCGAGCUGUCGUAAGGACUCGUCAGACCAAGCUAUAAAGCCCCGAUUCACAAAACUGCAUCCUCACUGGGUAGUUGAGAAAUUUCACGGGAAAUUCUCGACUGUGAUUGUAAAUAGCGAUUUCUCUGGUGCACGCUCGAUUUAGUAGCUCUAAACUCACAACUGAGGCAAAAGUUUAAAUUAAAACCAUUACUUAAAUAACAUAAAGAGAUUACUUUUCCUAGUCAUAAAAUAUGUGCAACAUUUUGUAAAAUACGGAGCAGGGAAGGGGGUUUUAUUUUCAAAACUCUAUCCAGAUACCAAGUGCCUUUAGUGCAUAGUUUUUAUUUGAUGAUUUCAUUUCAACCACCCUCUAAUGUUUUAUGGUAAGGCGUCAGCCACUUUCGAAAUCGGCAGAUUUAAGGCAAUUUACUCACGCCCUUCCCAAGCUUUUCCUCCUCUUUUUUAUGGACAACGUAAACACAGUGGAAGGUUUUAAAAUGUGCAUUAAAAUUAAGUCUUCCAUUAAAAUAGCUUACUUGAGCGCGUGGUAUUCAGGUUAGAGUAAUUGGAACAACGUAGGCGUGAUGGAGGGCGUUUGUAAAUCUGGAGUACUCGAUGGGUCGCUAUAGUUAGGAACACCUUCCAUCCAGUCACGAAAUCCAUACACUGUGACUAUCGCUGACUCCGAAGCAGUAUCAAAGUAAAUAAAAUAAUGACACAAACUGAUCUGUCAUGUGUUAGCUGCCGAAAAUCGUAGGUCGCAAAUUCCCCGGCCAAAAGAUGCCUUUUGUCACUUCUCCGUUAAUGAAAACCCAGUGAAUUUAACGUGAAGAAGCACUACUACACCUUUUGAACACGUGCUAAAUUUAUUUUCGGAACAAAAUCUCUGAUUGUCCGCUUCAGGGUAGCAGAAUAUUGAAAUGUAAAUGCAUCAACUGCAGUCAUAUUUGGGAGAGAGUUAUUGGAACGAGGGCAUACUUAAGGUUUAUUUGAUGCAUUUUAAUACACGAAAAACAUGAUUUCCUCAUCUUUCCCUUUUUAUAGCCAUUUUACUGAUAGCCAGGCCACCUAUGGCCGCUUUCUUCCUCUCUGCUGUCUCACAUAUGGCACCAAUUAGAGAAGGCCGCAUCGCCAUCAUUCAACUCGACCCCUCCAGUGCUAUAACCUACGAUGUCCUACGCUUUUGGAGAUUGGUGCUCUCAAAUUCGUCCGUCCUCGGAGCUGCCUGUCAGAGUCUUAUCAUUAUGAGUGCCCUACCCACGGGCGCUGGGUACGAUGUCUCGUCAGGCAUUUUAGAUUCUGUAAGUGCCAGUUGAAAUCGAGUGAGACAAGUUGAAGGCUGCUUCAUACGUUAGAUUGGUGUCCGGUAGGGUCAACAGGGUUUCUACCUUCAAACUACCGCACUGACUCGAACCAGACAAGAAGAAUACACCUAAUCGCACUCCGGCUAAUGAAAAGCGUGCAGACAUGAACUCAGUCAUCAACGCUGUCGUCUCUGCUACCACUUGGGAUCAAUGCUUGUAAAGAAAUGUUUAAAAAUAAUCUAUUUUCCGACUGCUUUUUGUGGUACACAGUUUAGGAGAUACUACGUAAAGCGGAUAUAAUCGAAUUAUUUUCCACGCUUCUAUUCGUACAGUUUAUAGGUCGCUCUCAGGCUCGAUGAACAGAUAAUAAUAGAUAGGUGAAAAAAGUUAAAAACUCAGAAAAUGAAACCAGUACUUCUCCGUUUUCAUUUAACUCUCCGCCUAUAUUUCCAACGUGGAUAACGGCCUCCGUCUCUGUUUAAUCUACUUUCACCCUACCUUAAACUAUAUCGAUUUGAGGUCAUUGAUAGUAUAAGCUUGCCCGACACAUUAGUCAACGACUGUGGCCAAUUGUGCUAAGUGCAACGAAUCCUCCCCGGACUUCCGACCUUGACGAUUCCCCCACUAACUUAUGGUCACCGGAAGUUUGUAAAUCCGUCAGAAAGGUGCUACAGCCAAAGCAAAACGGUUUCAAGUUUUAAUGGUGGGGCAUUUUGAGGUUGAGGUUUUCACGUUAUAACGUAGCAUCGGGUAGGUAAGGCGUUAUAAAGGACUAAUUUCCUCAGGAAUCUUGAGCGGAGGAUGGAGAAACAAGGAAUUUUAGAUAACACAGCGCUCGAUUGUAGGUUAGUCUUUUCAUAGAAGUAUAUUGAUUUUAAACCGCUGCUUAACUGGACACCAUCAAUAUGUAUUUCAUAACUCAUUUAUGCACUUGUUAUUUCGCAGAAGAUAAUGGUUUCAGCUGCAUCGGCAGUCGCAAUGGCAAUCAGACUUACCUACCUGAACUUGAAGGCAAACGGCGGAGUUCUGCCGGAAGACGCGGAUUUCUUCCAACCCUUGAUGGAUGAGCCCGUGGAUGUCCCGGUGUUGCCCAACAUUACCUUCAGAUUCUCAAGGGACGGGGACACCUUUUACGACUACUAUGACUUCUACUUCUUCAGUCUGAGUCAGAAGAUUUGCGAUGGGAGUGCGAAUUCCUCUCAAACGCCUUAUGAUGAGAUUUUCGAACUCACCUCUGUUAUUAUGUGGCCUUUGACGCAACUGGUCGAGGUGCAAACAAAGAUUUGGCCAAACGGAAGUGAUGGACCAAAUAGAAAUUACUGCCUGCUAACAGGAUGUCAUGGCUGUAUGUAUUCAGUUUAUUUCCUCCAGUGUUGAAUCAAAGUACGUAAUGUGUGUGUGCCCCUCAAACGGGCCGCGUGCUAAAUGCGCUGGACCAACGGGGGGAGGGGGUGGCAACAUCGGACACUGGCAGGCGUUAUCUUUGAACAAUAACAAAUGCCGACAUUCACGGGGUGCGUUGGCAGACCCUGUUGUCGUAGUCGUCGCACGGCUGGGACCACUGCCACCACCCCAUUGUUUUGGCGGUCAAUAUCCUGGUCAUUUGUUGUGUGGACAAGGGAGUGCGGAGUGGAGUGCCAAGGUGAGGAUCCGUCCAAGCUACCCACCUGCGUCCUCACGCGUCUUCGGUCUUCUUGGCUCUGUCUUGACACCAAACUCAGGCGGAGGAGGAGGAGAGAGUGUGAUAGAUGCAGCGCAAGUAUACUAGCACUAUAAACCCCUGUGCCUUUGCUCCGACUAUCUGCUGUGGGGCAUACGGUGGACAUCGUUAGACACGACCGUCGAACUAUCGUGUUUGUGUCUGUGUGUGUGUGUGUGUGUCACAAAUCGUGUAGCUGGACAUACGAACUCCGACACUUUGUGGAUUAUCAUGACAUGCUGAAGUGUUGAGCGUGAGAAACUGCCAAAUUGACAGGAAAGCCACCAGUCUUCGGCAGUGAGGAUUAGGCUCCCAUCACGUCAAGUGUUGCUCUUAUGACAACCGUCACCUUGUGAUAUCCGCACGUGAUCCGAAUUGACUAGGGUUUGGGUAGGGCCCCAGCAUUUAUGUGUCACGCGUAAACUGCGGGGUUGGCGCCGAGGCCAAUGCACGCGAACACGUCUCCAGUCGGACUGGCGCGAACUCGCACCUGGUAUACUAUGUACAAGGGGGCAGACAUUGAGGCUGAUCAAGCCCUCCUUCCUCCUUAUUAUAAAUUUCGAUGCGACUGAAAAGGGUCCCUCCAUAAACUGUGGUACAGCAUGUUUGCUGGAUAAACUUGCGGUCUGCGAAACGGCUGCAAUGGCUGCCUGUCGCGAUCCGCGAUAUCUGACGCAUGUGUCUGGGAAUCAGCGGGUGUUGUGUGAGUCGGUGACCGAUUUCAUGACAUUUUGCUAUUCUUAAGUACGAUUUCAAUUAGGAAGAAUCACCUAGGUGGAUUUGAAUUACGAACUAUCAUGCGGCAUAAUCCCGUGAUAUUUCAGACACAUUACCGUGUCGACCCUUGAAUGUACACCCUUUUGCAGCCUGCCCAGAUCAUACUACUUAAGUAGCGAACAUUUUUAGUUGACCUUUAAUGUCAUUAUAUAUUCAAAUCUUUCAUUUUGCCUCUGAGUGAUCAUUUCAGCGGCUUCAGUAAAGUGGUACCCACGCCACACAUCAAUGGAAAAAAUGCAUGCUAGUGACGUAGUCGCUUUUUGGCCGAGUGCGGUUUCUGCUGGCCACUGAUAAAAAAUAACUUCAAAAGUCGACAUCUUAGCGUGCUUGAAAGGUCACGGGAUUAUGCCACACGAUAAUCAGUAAUUCAACCCCACCUAAGUAAUCCUCCCUAGUAAUAAACGCGUUUCGGAAUUCCGGCCAACAUUUCAUGAUGUCGGUCACGGAUUGUAGACGCGGAUUCGACCAGUUGGUCAUAUCUUGCAGUUAGAAGGUGGUGCCUUGGAGGAAAUAAGCUAGCUUACGCGAAUAUCUCCCUAACGGUGUUAACCUCAAAGGAAAGUCACCACUGCAUUCUCGAAGCAUCGGAAAGCAGCAUUGGUGACGGAUGACGAACUGCCACAACGAGAAAUCAUCAAAAACGUACGUUUGUUCAACAGAUUGAUUUAAAGAUUAGCAUAAUGGGUCCUCUACUAAUUUCUAAGACACAGAUGCCAGUAGUACCAUAUGUCGCGCGGUCCACCGUUGUCAGCCUUCAAAGACGUGCAUACCGGAUACCAUGCUGACGGACAACUUGUACUAACUGUCUUUUUAAUGAUAAUAUCAUUGCUUUUCAUUAACUUUCUUCUUUGUAUAUCGCUUUUUAUGUGUUCUGAUUCUGUUCUGUUUACAAUAGACAUACUUAUCUCUCAUAGGACCUUUUGUCCUUUUUGGAUUGAUUUCAGUUUUCCAACUGCCUAAGAUUAAGCAAGUCAGCCAAUUUCGCAUUUUUCAUAUGUUUUUAAGUCGCGCGCUCGAUUUUCGACAAACGUUGGCUAACUUAAACUGGACAAUAGCGUAAAUAAAACAGCAUUUCUUUCUCAGGGAGUAUUCUGCCCACCGCCUCUUUUAGUCGAACUCAUGAAACCCUUAUUAGCGCUAUUUCAUUAUAAGUGGUGUCUUUGCUUCCCUUUUUGUGAAUGCGGAUGCGUAAGAUACCCUUGACAACGCCGCAUCUUCUUUCAUUACACUUUGUGAAGUUUAGCAAUGAGUGGACAGAUGUAAUUGCUUCUACUAGUUGUACCACCUGCUCAAUAGUAUAGCCCGUUGUUGGCACUGCAGCAGUUAUACUUAUCACUACAGGAACAAGAGUUAAUAAUACUUGUAAUAGUCAAAAUAACAUAACUACCGAAGUGAGUAGAAAGCGCUUUGAAAAAGAGUCACCAACGUCAGUAACGCCUCGACCACUUCCUCCUACUUGCCUGUUGUUAUGACAAAUACAAGCACUGUAUCAGGGGUCAUUGUUUAGGUAGACAUUUGUGUCACUCAUUACGUCGCUGUCAAACUGAAAAUAUUGUCACUUUUUAAUUUCCUGAGAAAUUUUGUGCGAAGUAGGAGUAGAUCAGUAUAUUCAAGGUCUAUAGGCACAGACCGAGAAUUUUAUACAUGAAUAUUUGGGCCAAAGUCCAUCAGCCACAGCGGGUAACCGCGUAAUAUUCAUUAACUGCCUACAGGCAGCUAGUAGUAUAAUCUAGGGUAAGGUGACACCAUACUAACAGCACAGGUACUAGCCAAAAGCCCAUACACGCGUGUUUCGCCGACGUUUUGCCGCUGCAUGGCGCAGCUGCGAGGGGUUCGGCUCGUCAGUGGGUCCCCCAGCAUUCCCCGUGUGUUUUCUGGUAGAUACUCCAAUUUAGAAAUUGUCACUUUUAAAUUUCCUGAGAAAUUUUGUGCGAAGUAGGAGUAGAUCAGUAUAAUCAAGGCAGUUAAUGAAUAUUACGCGGUUACCCGCUGUGGCUGAUGGACUUUGGCCCAAAUAUGCAUGUAUAAAAUUCUCGGUCUGUGCCUAUAGACCUUGAAUAUACUGAUCUACUCCUACUUCGCACAAAAUUUCUCAGGAAAUUUAAAAGUGACAAUUUCUAAAUUGGAGUAUCUACCAGAAAACACACGGGGAAUGCUGGGGGACCCACUGACGAGCCGAACCCCUCGCAGCUGCGCCAUGCAGCGGCAAAACGUCGGCGAAACACGCGUGUAUGGGCUUUUGGCUAGUACCUGUGCUGUUAGUAUGGUGUCACCUUACCCUAGAACUGAAAAUAGUUUAGGCGAAGGUCAGCCUGAUUCACACAUAAUUUAAUUAAACGCGGAUUAUGGGUGAUUGGUGAGCAAACCGGAAUUGAUUAAGCCAACGCUUAUCUCGAAAUCAGCUGCACAAGCCUAGCUUAGGAUUCAGCCCGGCUUGUUUAAAUAAGUGAGAAUUCCUCUACCGAACGAGCCCCAACAAAUAAAACAUUAAUAGGCUAGGCAGAUUUUGGGGGAUUUUAAAAUGCUUUGAUUUUUUCCAUUGCUUUCCUGAAUGGUCAAUUUUUAAUCCACGAAGCCAAUAUCUCAACACUGAUCAUUUUGCUGACGGUCCAAAUUUCGUGUGCAAUGGUUUUGGCAAUCGCAGUUGGACACUUCUUCAGGUUAGUGGGCCAUCUCAUCGAUGAAUAAAUUAGUGUUUAAAAGCCUAAAUGGCAUCUGAUAGAAGAUUUAUUAUCUAAAGGCAUCAUCAAAGAAUUAUAAAACUACGAAAAGACAACAACAAGCUCGUUUUGUAUCCGGAUGACGUUCGUGUGGUUAAAUCGGCUUCGAAACGGAAAUCAUCGGUACGUUUGUUUCCAGUGGCGAUGAAAUUCUUGCUUUUAUUACCCAAGAAAAACUGCUGCAUGAAUGAUAACUUCCAAAAUCACUUUGCAGAUCUGAAGAGAAUACUCAUAUUAAGGUGUUUCCAUCAUUACUAACAAUGAAGGCAUGGAGACGGAGUUUAAAUGUUACUGUGUUUUAGACGAUCAGAAGAUUGAUGAUCAGUGGCAAAAGGUAUGAUUCCGCAGUGAAUACGCAGCCGGCCACAGAACGACAGAGCUAGCAAUGUAGGAUUCCCAGUUUGGUCCUUUUUGUGAAAUCUUCUUGCUCGGAAGCGCGGUCCUCCUGGUAAUAGGAGAAGUCCAGGUGCGAGCGACACGGGAACCGUGAGGACAGAGGUUUUACUGUUGGGGCUAGGGGGAGGCACGGAAGAAUGAAUGUGCUAGUUUGUUUUAAUGGAUACUAAACUCUCAGCGUAAGCAGCAUUCAAUACGGAAAAUUCGCUGUAAAAGACCACUAAAAGUCAAGUCUACUAAGAAUUGUUGCUUUUCAAUUUCCUUAGAAAUUGCCUAGUGUCUCGAAGUAGAUCCCUUUACUCUAUGUUCCGUGGCCGCAGAUGGAAAUUUGAUGCAUGACUGUUUAGGCCGAAUUCUAUCAGCCAUCGAGGAAUAACCGCAAAAUAUUCAUUUACCGUCCACAGCCAGCGAUUAGUAUGUUUUUAGAGUUAAGUAUGCCAUACCAGCAACACGCGUACUAGCUAAAAUUUCCGUUUGCGCCCAAAGAUUGAGCUACUCCAGUUAGCGGCUUAUUUCUGGGGAAAUUAAAAAGCAACGAUUCAUAAACUGGAGUAUCUACCAAAAAGCACGCGGGAUGCUGGAGGACCUACUGAAGAGUCAAACACCUCGCCCAAAUAUUCAUACAUCGGACGGAACCCAUAGAUGAAAGUUGUAGGAUGGCGGAUGCAAAAUGGCAUACGCCUCAACCCAAAACACUAGGCUUAGCCUAAAAUCUAAAUCCCGACUAUAAACGCUAACCCUAAAUCCAAACGCAGAAACCUAACCCCAACACUAAUUAUGACUUCUAACCCUUACUCUGAUCCUAUACCCAACCUUAACACUAAGUACUAACCAUGGCUAUAAAUCCCCGCCAUGAACCUCACAACCUAGCUCAAACUCCUAAAUCCUGGCCCUAACCCCAAGCUCUAAGCUCUAACUCUAGGUCCUGACCCUGAAGUCUAGCCAUAAUCCUAAACUCUAAACCCUAAUCCUAGGUCCAAACCCUAAACCCUGACCGUAAUACUAACCUGAAGCAGGAUUUAUUGGUGCUCAUAAAUUUCGUCACGGUUUUUCAACUGUAGCCUGUCUUUGCAUAACAUAGGCAAUGAAUGUAAGCGCAAAGCAGUAUGAAUUUGUACACAAUAUCAGUGCAUAAGAGUAAGGUCAAGGUUCAAGACAAUGAAUAAACAGAUGAAAAACGUUUUCAUAAAAUCACAUAGGAAAGAGAGGGACGGAAUGUUAACUAUAACUCCAAAUCAUAGGUCUAAACCGUAACGCUAACACUAAAAAAUGAGCCUAACCCUAACCCUGCUGUUAUGGAGAACCCGAAGAAUAAUCGUGAUUCAUAACUUCAGCAGCCCUCGAAGCACCUAACAUUGAAUGUAUCCUCUAGCAGUAAUAUACUUAUUUAAAUCAGUAGUAGAACGUAAGUGUUUAGUUGUUGGUCAACCAAGAUCGCGUUUCCGAGCCCCGCCUUAACUGGCACACCCGAGCUACUGUUGACCCUCUCUGAUGAAACCAGGCAAACGCUGCCUGUAGAAUUAAGUGGUGGUAAAGUCUCGAAAACUAUGCAAAAAGUGAAUUACGUGGUUUCACGCAUCGCAGAAUGUAUCAUUGUUCAGUUUGUAGAAGUGAACCUAACAGAGGUUUUUGAACAUUUGCGAUAUUGCAUUCCUCUACCAAUGACAGUAGAAGAUAAGAACUUACAGACGAAAACCCACCUUCAGAUGAGGUCAAAGAAGAUGUCUGUUGAUGUGUUUUAACAGCAGAAGGGUAUUUCAUUCGAUUAAUUUUUGAAAAACUCGGUGACCUCAUUGGAAUCCGAACUCAUAUCUACAGGCGGAAGGCUUAAGUUCAGCCAACGCUCUAACCAACCGAGCAAUGAGUAAAACCGGGGAUUGUAAGUUUCAUCAUGCCUGUUUGAGCAGUAAGUUUGCUGCAUCAGAAUUAAUGGAUUCCAAGCGUUGCAGUAGACUGUGCGGGUAACAUGACCCAAGUGUGAUUAAACUCGCUAUUCCCGGCGGAGCUGCAGUAGAGUCCUUUUUACGCUGUGGUGGGGUCAAAUCUCACCAGGUCGCCAAAGUUUUCCGAAAUGAGACAAAUGAUUUAUUCGAAUCGGCCAUAACCAUCCCCCUCCAUAUUAAAUUGUUAUUUCUCUGGCAGGCAAAUAUCGCCCCCGAACAAUGGUUAACGUUAUGUAUGACGUCUCUCGUCGAUGUGAACAGUGCUGACAUGCAUACUGUGAAGUCGGGUGAAUCAGUUGCAAACGACGUCGUAAAUACUUGCAACCGAACGGUCACAUAUAACGUAAGCUGGUUUUUCAAGUCUGUUUCCCUCACAACUCUUUACUCAAAGACGUACGAGUAAAGACACAGUGUACGACCUAACUCUGCAUAUCACUUAUUACUGCCUUCUAAUUCUUACGAAAGUAGUGCUGUUUAGUUUUGGCAUACUGACUGCCUUUUUCAUGAAAACAUAAAUUUUCUCUUGAAUACCCCAGUCAGGUUAUUUAUUGGUUGGUACACACGCAACUUUGGCCUAUUUUACCUUUGCUGGCCAUCUUGGCGGCUUCCUUGUCUUCCACUGUUCUGCAUCAUUAUGUAUGGCCGUUGAGUCAGCAUUCCCACUUUACUCUUAUUGGGUUCGCCAAUGGCAUUCGACCUUGGGUUUCCAUUGGCUAUUUUGCUGCCUUGGUUUCUAACUUGGCGUGUUAUUGUGCAGGAACUAUAUGUAGCUUCCUUUAGUUUUUGGUGUUAAAUUUUACUAGAGUUCAAUACUACCUAUUCACGGAACUAGAACACUUUUCCGGAACUUAAUCGUGUUUCACCGCUAUAUAUAUGUAUAUAUAUAUAUAUGCGCAUGUUUGUGUUUCUGGUCUCAGCUGCUGGUGGUCAGGGUUAUGAUUGGCUGAAUGAAGGCAGAAUAAGCCCGAAACAGUGCUGUAUCAAUCUACCCGCAUUCUCUGUAUUCCCUCCUCGCUGCUAUUAUGACUUGGCCGACUUCGGCCUGGUAAUUGGUUGCCUGUUCGUGACCUUUGCCACACAUACGGAGCUUGUUUGCUUUGUGAAGCCAAUAGAUCGGCGUGCGCCCAUUCCUAAUUGAUAAAUACCCGAUCUGCAGCGAUAGAGAAUGACAGGUGGCGAGUCACUGAUGAACUUCGGUUCGAUGAAGUGCUUAUGACCCAUCUGGUAGGCCUCAGUGGUGGACCGACUGCGCCAGGUGCGUCUGUGCGCAUGUUUGUGUUUCUGGUCCCAGCUGCUGGUAGUCAGGGUUAUGAUUGGCUGAAUGAAGGCAGAAUAGGCCCGAAACAGUGCUGUAUCAAUCUACCCGCAUUCUCUGUCGUCCCUCCUCGCUGCUAUUAUAACUUGGCCGACUUCGGCCUGGUAAUUGGUUGCCUGUUUGUGACCUUUGCCACACAUACGGAGCUUGUUUGCUUUGUGAAGCCAAUAGAUCGGCGUGCGCCCAUUCCUGAUUGAUAUAUAUAUAUAUACAUAUAGUAAAUGGGCUCGUCCGUCACGUAAUCGAUCAGUUCGACAAGAAGAGACGCUCAUGCAUGAACAGCGAAACGAGUUUUAUCGUAGGCCGACAACGACGCAAUAUUCCACCUCAUCCAGAUUCCGCGGGAUAGGUCGUUAUGUAUUACGGGACCGUUGGAAGUAGGGGUUAUGUGAAUGGGGCUAAUGGAUGGAAAAGAGAACACAUGCAUAUACACCACCGUACAGGAAAGGGCUUCCAAGCAGAUUGGGGCGGAAAAGGAUGUCUGUUUCAGUUUUUUGGCCAACCACAAAGGAAGCAUUAGACCUGCGCUUAAAUUGGCAGUUAGUUGACAUACACCUGCUCCCAGCUGAAAAUUUUUAAAACGGAUACACACUUUCGCAACUUGGCUGCUCAGACAACAUGGUCGAGCUUAUACCUUGUAGAGGGCAGAAUAUGAUUCGGGUACAAUUCGUCGAAAAUUUCUUUCUUAUAUACGUUUGUUUGUAGAAAACGUCUGUGAUCUGAAGCUUCCUACGCCCGUGUAAUGUGACCUUGCACAGGCUAGAACCCAACUAAGUGAAGGUGAUAGGUACUUGUACUUACGAGCUCAGAAACUCGCUAUACUUGCGUUAAUACUUAGGUUGCAGCUUAAUUGGGGCAGAAUUACUCUUCAUCAAUGAAAUAAACGAAAUUGGAACACGACAAUUCCGGUGGCCAUUCAUUUGAUCGAAAUUAAUUUUAGCACUUUCUAAUGUUUCAACGGACAAAUUUAGGUUUUUCCUGCUUGUGAAUACUAACUCUAGCCUCCAGUAAACAAGGCGGGUGAACGAACCAGUACAUUUACUUCUACGAUAACAUGUGAACGUACACACAAAAACGGCCAGGAAAGGCCGUUUGUCUUUGUACCCCAUGGGAAGUAGCUGAGAGCUUACGGAAAACACCAAGAGAUCUGAGGCGGAAAAAACCUCAUUUAAAACGGUUGGUAAAAACUUUUGAUCUGCAGUUUACAACAACGUAUGCUCCUGCUCAAACUCAAAGACCGACUCCUCCACAUAAUCAGCAAUAAAAGCAGCGUUGGCUAUUGAGUAGAUUAGAACGUCUUCCCCACGUUUCUGUGGGUCUGUGCGGUUUUCCGCAUAUGUCAAUUAGCGACCCUGAGGCAAUCGCCGUAUCGUCAACCAGUAUUAACUGUCUGGGAAAAUAGAUUCCCCAAGAUCAGUAGAUGGCGUUGCGAAAUUCGCCCGUGCCAACGCCUAUUGCCCUGCAAACCCACGGAUUUGAAGUGGGCGCUACCGAGGUUAUGGGCCGGAACGAUAAUCCAUAGUUCGUGCGUCAGAAACGGUUAGGGCACCUGGCUAUGCGAAACUACGUCUUACACGUGACCUUGUUUAUAAUGAUGCAGAGUUGCUCCGCACAUACCCCACAAUGCCUUUUCAUACAUUUCGCCUCAGAACAACCAGAAGAGAACAUGAACAUGACAGAUCGACCGUCGCGUCCGACCAUGUUCACCGUCUGUUCCAUAGAAAGGUGACACAGGCAUGGUGACUUGAGAUGAAUUAAUUUAUAGUUAGGGUGGGCUUAUUCAGCACUCGCUGCACUCUCUCCUCCGCAUCCCCACCCAAGCCCUGUGUCAAGACGGUCAAGAAGAUCGGAGGCGGGGAAGGGCGCAAGUGACUGGCACGGCUGGACGCACACGUGGGCGUACCACCACAACCCCUGGUCCACAGUAAGCACACUCGACCAGGAUUUUAACGAGCAGCAAAACAAGGGAGUCAGAAAAAGGAGGACAACCAUGCCCACAACCUGUACAUCUAGCAGGGGCGCAAGCGCAUUUGCCGGCAGGGCACCAAGUAACAGGGGACUGCCAGCGCACACAAGGGUGGCCAUGGUUUGCUGAUCAGCGCAUAGCAGACGCUUACAUUCUUUUAGGCCACGGAUUUGUUGUGGGCGCUGCCGAUAUUAUGGGCCGAGGCGAUAAUCCAUCGUUCGUGCGUCACAGACAGCCAAGUUAGUCACUGCUGCAUUGGGCGAGAGCAACCAUGACUUGCCCGUGAUCCUGUUUAUAGUAAAGCGGAAUGAUGCUGUAUAAAUCCCACCAAACCUCUUCAUACAUAACGCCUCAUUACGACCGGAAGAGGACGCGAACACGUUGGCCGACAGAGAUAAACAACCAGCUGGCAUUCCUGGACGCCCUCCUUUGCCGCAAAGACUGCGUAAUAACCGCGUAAUAUUCACGAACCGCCAACAGUCAGCCCCAAGUAUAGAAUUGUGUAAUUAUUUACCGUACGGACAACAGAGGUUGGCUAUGCAUAUGCUACGAGAAAACUACGAGAGAAGGAAGUUCGCGGAGCAGAUGAGGGUGGCAAAGGCUGUCCGUGUCAUGCCGACUACAGGUAAAGGUGGGCACAGUUGCUGGAGUAGCGAUACAUAGGGAGUCACAGACUGUGCAACCGGAAUGACGUAUGCCAACACCCAACUUGACCCCCGUUUAGUUCUAAAGCAACCGCGACCAACCAGCCAACCUGGCAGUCGUCUCGAAAACACCUGCCGAACAGAGGCAGAGAGCCACAAAAACUGGUAUUUGUGCCUGCGUCGCCCAAAUGACAUAGCCAGCGACUCAUCCUACGGAGAACAAAACUUAAUUCAAACAGAAGUCACUGGGAAUAUAUAUCUCAUGUUUAGUGGCUUGUAGGAAACCCUGCAUCUUGGGGUCUCAGAUCACCCGUAAAUUGGUGCUAUAAAUAUUACGUCAAAGGGGAGUCAUUACAAUUAUGAUGUCACAACAUAGCAGAACCGAAUUGCCCAAAUGAGGCAUGCGGAGAUCUAUCUUGGCCCUGUUUAAUUCCAGUGGAGCCGUGGCUCAGAUAUUUUGGGACAAGAUCUUAGCCUCUUAUCAGGAUGCAGAGCUGUCAAACGAUCUACAGGCAUAUCUACUUACCAUAGGCUUGUACGAUCUUACAGGCGGCUAUCUACAGUAGUACUCUACAUCCACGCUCCUUCGACAAUUUUGACCAACAGCCGACACGACAGCCGUCUCAAGAACAGCUGCUGAGCAGAGGUAGUGAACCACGCUUGUUCGAUGCAGCCGGGUGGACACAAAUUGACGAGCACAGCUAAGCCCUCCCCGCUUUUAUGGUGAUUACACUGAGUCCAAAUACCCGCCUAUGUGACUAGAAGGUUCAGAGCCGCAAAUGAAGCUAUCCCAGCGGUCGUCUUCCCUCCCCGAUUCAGUUAUCUAGGAAAGGGCAUCUCGCUAAACUGUUCACCGGCUUGCAGUAUCUACACCCAAUAUGGACUUUUAAAAUUCAAAUGCAUGCAGAUUUCAUUUUCUGAAGGACGUUUUGCAAAACUCGCAGUCUCCUUUUCUCCUUCUCAGUAUCUCAGCAAACAUUAUUCUUUACUUUUUUAUCUAGGGAACCCCAGUAUAUAUCAAACCUUUGAAUGUGCCAAUGCAUUCCCUUAAAAGUAAACUGAUUGAGCUGCUGCGAACGCUGCGGGAGGUGCGCAACAAAAAUGUGAACACGUUUGUUGGGUGUUAUCUGGACACGGAUACCUUCAACCUCGUCUAUGCGUAUUGCAGUCAUGGCAGCCUCAGGGUCAGUCAUUCCGCAUGAUAAUUACGUGUUAUGCUCGUUUUCAGCAUUACGUUUGGCGUAAGAUUGCCUCUAGACAGUAACCAAUGGUCAAGCACACUUUGUACUGAAGAGAGCAGGGGGAAUUAACGUUUUUCAGAAACCUGAGGUAGAGGAAUAAUAUGCCUCCCUUAAUAUACCAGGACGGUUUAUGAAGUAAGCUCUGGUGGUCCAAGAACUUCCCCAGGGAGACAGACCACUAGCAGGCAAGUCAGUUAUUGGGUGUCUAGUUACCCUUCCUCUGAUCUGUCUUCGUGGCGGCUCGCAGAGAUGGAGGGGAGGGAGGACGGUAGGUUAAUGGGGCUGCGGACAGUUGUAUUAUCAGUCGUUCACGCGCAGUGUGAGCAGGCUUGAGUGAUCCGUGACCGGAGGCCCUCACAACGGGAGCCUAGACCAACAUGGCGAUUGACGUUGUCCGCACUGAAGUACCAACGCUCGGGAGAAUACCAGUUAAUUCAAAAAGUGCAAACAAUAACCACAUAACAGAUGGUGAAAUACCGAUCGUUAUCUGACAUGUCGGAGUCAGUCAAGACUUUAUUGUGCAGUGCCCGAGUGUACAGUCUUACUUCAAAUGUGUUAAAGUUCUGUUGUUACUACAUGUCGCGUUGGUUGCACAAUUGUUACCUUAUAUACGAUUCCCUUUAUGCUGAACUGUUUAUCUUUCUCCUUUACAAGGAUAUUCUGGAAACUAAAAGAGUUGUUUUGGACGUCGAGUUCAAGCAUUCACUCAUUAAAGAUUUGGUAAAGGUGAGAUGUAAUGUCGGAUAUAUUUGUGCAAUAUUAAAAUGUCAUGACCGCUACCAGUAUUGCCAGUAUGCACGUCAUUCAGAGAGCAGAGGUAGGCCAGUCUGAUUCGAAUUUAUCGCGCGACACACCCGUUUUGCCUGUGUCGUUCGUGCCCUUAUGUUUGCCACAAUAGCACCAUUGAAGUUAAUUUCAAAUGCUGCUUUUUCACAAAAAAUAAGUUAGUUACACACAGUAGCAUCUGACAACUACCAAGAUGUUUGUGUGCGUCCUCUGUUUGCUCGGCCUUCCGGUCUGUCAAUAAAGCAUUUUCAGUCACUUCUUCCAGCCAGCUGGAAACUACAGGGAAUUACCUUGCUAUGCCUUUUACACAGCCAGUCCUAAUGCCAUUGCUUAGGGAAUGAGCUACAUUCACAAGUCCGUCGUUACAACGCAUGGACGGUUGAAAUCUACAAACUGCGUCGUCGAUGGACGUUGGGUGUUAAAAAUUACUGACUACGGCAUUGGCAGUGUGAAUGCUCUCUACGGAAUAUAUGAGAAAGCAGACCCAGAAGGUGAGAAUGUUGUUCUCUUAAACGUGGUAGGAGUUAGCUCGAAACAUUUAAAUUGACGUGUAUUCUCUCAUUCCUUCUCAUUAAAACUUACAGCGCUCAAAUGUGUGCCCUCACUCUAGCUGUUCUCUCACCAGUACUGUUUUUCCCAGGAAGGUUUGUUUUACACUCUGAAUUUCAACGACUACGACCGGAUAUUUCGCCAGCGCUUUGGCUUUUUAAUCGUAACUUCAGACAUCUGUUAUGACAGUUUAAUCUGCUAUGCCACAAUCAGAAAACUAUGGCCCGCGCAGCCUGACACCUGGUACCUGGUCCCCUGCGCUUGCGCUCCCGCUGGGCAUACAGACCGUGUGCAUGUCUGUCCACUCGUUCUCGUCGUCUUUCUGAUCCGUUUUGAUGCUGCCACUAGGUAAAUCCUGGCCAAAUGUUUGCUGCAGACCAGCGGGUUUUGUGGCACGCCUAGGUGCGGGCCCGGCCGUACCAGUUACCUGCACCCUCUACCGCCUCCAGUCUUCCUGACUUUGCUUUGACACUGCACUAGUGUGCGGUAGACGCUACGAAAGUCUACUCUACUAAUCCACGUUCAAGUCACCGUGCCUGCCCCCACCUUGCUAUGGAGUACAUGGUGGACAUUGUGGACCACGAUAGUCGAACUAUAUAGGACAGUUUGAAAACAAAUGUUUAUGCAUUUUUGCAUCAGUACAAUAAAUGAGUCAAAAUUGGCACAAAGCCAAAACCGACUUUUUCCGCCAUCUGAAACCAGAAGCACAAACAGACGUACACAAAAGGGGCAAAUGUUUUAGGCGAAGACCGGAGAGGAGGACAUGCAUUUAGGCUGGCCGACUGAAGCAGGAUAAUCCCGAAACAGCGCUGUAGCAAUCCGCUAGAAUCACUGAAGAUUGGCUAUUUCCUUGUGUGUUGGCUGAGUUCGACCUCACAGGUUGCUGCAAGUUCGAGAGCUCUGUGACAAAUUCGGGUCAUCCGUGUUUCGGGAAGCCAACGGAACGCCGUGCGUCCAUUUGUGUAUGUAGGGGUACACGAUCUGCAGUGACAGAUGAUGCCAAGUGUCGAGGCACUGAUAAACAAUGGAUCCCUGAACUGCUUAUGACCCCUUUGAAGGACGGCCUCCGGGAUACACCUGGACGUGCGUGGGCGCACGUUUUUGCGUUCCAACCCCCAGAUCCUGGUUGGAAUUAUGGUGGGCUAAAUAAAGACCUAAGAACUCCAAAACAGUUCUGUAUUAAUCUACCCGAAUUUCUGUCUUCAGUCUCUCCUAUCUGUAUGUACGGCGGCUGAUUCUUACUGACAGAGGCAACGAAGCCAAAAAUGACCAUUCCAGUUCCCCUUGUCUUUGUCGGUAAUAUUACUCUGCACAUACAUAAAGAAAGAGGUUCUUCGGAAAAAUCAAAUUAUACUAAUGAAUUUUCCGGUUGGUGAUACCAACCUGUCGUCAGACGAAACAAAGACAAAUAAGAAAGUAAGACAGUCACGUCAGACUAGUAGGCGCAACAGAACAGAUACUGGUGGGCGAGGUGGGCGCAGGGUUACAGCGCGUUCUGAACUGCGGUGUUUGUCAUUGUCAGAGGUAGUAACACUGGAUUUGCCACUUCUCACUUGUUAGCCACCUUCAUCCGGCGAUAUAUCGGCUGUGGUUUGUUACCCGAGUUCAGCGCUUAGUGAGAUUACUUUGCAAGAAAAAGCAUGUUAGACCGAAGCUAUAAAAGUUUGUUGCUGAGCUGAGGAGUGCGGUUUCACGAGUGAGCAUUAUGUAGAAUACGACCGUUCGUCACAUUCACAAUGCCUAUUUCGUGAGGUCUCACACCUCUUUCUCAGAUCCAUCAUAAUCCAUAAUUUUAUCAACAGUUCUACGACAAGCGAGAAAAGACGUUCAUUUAAGUUCAUCCUUAGUGUUUUCCAAAGUUUAAGUCGGUCUAAAUACGGUUAUUGUUACGCCCAUCUGAAGUCGAAACUAUGAUCGCUUUCCUGUUUUAUUAAGAUCUGCUGUGGACGGCCCCCGAACUUCUGCGUGAAGGCAUUGUAAGGAUUGCGGGGACUCAAAAAGGGGACGUCUACUCCUUCGGCAUAAUUCUUCAGGAGAUUCUCUGCUGCUCCGAACCCUUCCCUGAUUGCGACCUCUCGGCAGAGGAAAUUGUCGAGAAGGUUCGUGCAGGCGAUCCGCCCUUUAGGCCUGAGGUACGUUUUCAAAAUGUACGCACGUGCGGGUAUGACGCCGAUGGGGCAACUACACGAAGAUAUGACCGCUUAACUGCAGUAGACUUUUCUUUCGUUCCGCCCUUCGAGAAUUUGAAUUUUUUGCCAUCGUUUAAAGACGCACGAAUAAUGUUCACGGUCUAGGUCGACAGACAAUAUCGUCUCCCGUGCACUUGGGAGCAGGGGUUUAGCAUGGCAAUAUCAUGUAGCUAAAACGAUCAGUCGACAAGAAUACGAGCAAAAAGCCAAAACCUUGGCUUUUAUAACUUCGGAUUCCCUCCACCUAUGUGGGGUAAACAAAUGUUCGAGGAUUCUGACGCCUGUAAUAUGGGCAACCCCUACCCUCAUACUCUUGUACUUAUACACAACUCUGACGCUUUUAUUCCAUCGAGCGUACAGUAGAUGGGCUAAAUCAGGAAAUCUUAACAGAAAUUCCGGAAUGCAUUUUCGUUUCAAAAAAUUAAUUAAAUAGAGUUGUAAAAGCGAUCAUCGUAGAGCAUAACCCUAUAAUAACUCGGUUGCCUCGGACGCCAGCUUUCGGACUAACUUCUUUCCGGAUGCACCUAGAAACCAUACUCCGCAAAGAUGACUACUGAAAUAGCAUUCAUUUUCUCGUUAAUUUUCGACGCCCUCAAAAAUCAAUUUGGUUGUGAGAGCGCUCACAAGAAAGACAACCGACCUUGAUGCUACAUUGCUCGCGUGUGUACGCAGGCAUGUUUGUGCGCGCAGAUAAGGUUGGGUGAUCGGGGGACAAUCCACACAUAACGCAACUUGUAAUCAAUGCAGUCUGUAGUUCUAUUAUGUCGAGGCUGUUGUACAUUCCACUGGUGCUUUAGGCAAACAUUUUAAAUCACAUGGUUUAUGACUGGCCAGCAAGUAAUCCAGAAAAAAUUGUUUUGGUUUUAAGGUGAACAUUCCGGAGAUCCCAUAUUUUUACAAGGAUCUAAUGCGAUCUUGCUGGACAGAAAACCCAGAUUUCCGUCCGACAUUCCAGGAAAUUAUCGUACAACUGGAACAGUAUAACAGUGGAAAGUGAGUUCCGCUCUCAUGCCUUCCAAUACUCUGCAGCCUAUAGUCCUAUGAACGAGGUCAAUUCGGAUAGGUAAUUGGACAGUGUUUAAUGAGUUAAAAGUCAAAACUAACCCGGAAUCGCUUUAGCACUUGAGAAUUGCGUUUGAACUGGACUCCAAAUUAGUCCCAUCUUUCAGGUUUGAAAUCCCCAGAGCAGUAUGGGAGACUGCAUUUAUACGCAAUGCCAACCUUUGAGUAACUUAACUUUCUGGACUGUCCGUGUAAUGUGCAUUUGAUAAGUGGACCAAUUGACGCCUUCAUUUGCCAAAUGUGGCGUUCUUAAUCAGUUCGUAGAAAAAAUAAAACGUGCAAAACUGUUGAAUAUGUACAAUGAAUCUACACAACCUGUUACUCUUCCAAUCAAGCUGAACUUUCAUAACGCCGAGAAGUAAUUGCCCAUCGCUUGUUUGCACGCAGCAACAAGACUCAUCCAUGCAACACGGAGCUUCCUGGUUUGAUCAGAUCAGAUCAGAUUUAUUAAGGGAAAGGUAGGCGAGCGCCUUUGAACUCCGUUUUGUUUACAAUAACUUCAUAAAAAACAAUGUGUAUGGCAAGUGUGAAAAAAAUUAGGUAAGUAACUACAUACAACAAGCAUUGGUCACUGGUAUGAAUUUGUCUGUGAAUGCCUUCUAUGUCAAAAUUGUACAAUAUCCAGUACAGUACUGAAUGGACCAAGUAAUAUCGAAGCAAGCGCAUAUGUGGCGGUCAGGAGAUAGCGAAAAUUGUAAAACGUAAUGUUACUAAAAUAUAGGGAGUAGCAUGCUUUGUAACAUAAAACGUUGGGUGGGACGGGUGGUGGUAGCCCUUCCCGUGCGGAAAACUCCCAGCUACCUGUCUUACGGGACCGGUGGUAAUAAGGGCUAUACGGGUGGGGCAAAUGAGCGGACGCGUAAAUGGCGCUUGUAGUGCAUGCCUGGAAUUGACGCCCCUGCCAAAGUGAAAGCCUAAUUUACAUUUGGGGAAAAAUGCAAGAAGUGUAUGGAAAUGAGCAUGGCUAAUGAGAACGGUAUGCGGAACAAAUGCAUCCUUAUCCCAUAUUUACGUGUGGGGGGUGCAAUGCAAUGAAUCUAUAUAGGCAUUUUUGCAGCGCCUCGUUCUCGGGGCGGUUAAAGUGAACAAGAAAGUCACCCUGACAGGGCUUCUGCGCGUGCACUCCCAGACAUAAUGAGAACGCAAUCACAGCUACUGAAAUCGAGCCAGUAGGUACAAUUGUAGAAUCAUAGGCAGGACUCGAUAGGAGAAACCUCAAGCUACCCCCGCAAAUGAUCGCUGGCCCACUAAACUGCAGCCGGCGCUGAUCGCAAGGGCGGAAAGUAAACACUCCGGGUCAGACUGGCGUUGUAGUUGUAGUUGCUGUUGUAGUCUGAACGCAAGUGCGUGAUGUGGUAGGGGAAGUGCGCCCAGUUCAAACCCAACAGUGUCGAAGCGUGGGAAGGGGGGUCCUAGUGCCUUGAACUGGAAGUGCAGGAAAGGAUCGCUAACUGGCCAUGGCGGAGUUAACGAGGCGUCCCAGUUUUCACCCAAACCCCUGAGACGAAAUACAAUCCGGCUGUUGGUAAUGGCGGGGGAGGGGGUGGAGGGCAACACUCUGUCAAUACGACUGAUACAGUAGGUGGAGUAGCGGUAGACACCCUAUCUGCGCGUCGGUUAUCCUUUCGUACACGAUUAUACCGGACUCUGCAGGAGGUCUGGAGUAAAAAGACUCAAGGACGCAGACAAACCGACAAAAGGGAGACCCGCGCCAUUCCUCCUAGGAUGGUAAUGAGAAGCAUGAUGAACCAUAAUUCGCUUGGGAUUAAUCUUUCGCCAUCUACUAAAGAUUUACGAGUGGGAGGUGCAAUGAAAUGAAUCUAUUUAGGCAUUCUUGCAGCCCCUAGUUCUCAGGACGGUUAAAGUGAACAAGAAAGUCACCCCGACAGGGCUUCUGUGCGUGCACUCCCAGACAUAAUGAUAACGCAAUCGCUGCUACUGAAAUCGAGCCAGUAGGUGUAAUUGUAGAAUCAGUAGGCAGGUCUACUAACUAGCAUCCGGCCAGCUUCUUUCUAGCGCAAUAAGUAGGUUUGCGUUAAUAUUUCAUCUUCUCUGUAGAAAGGCCAACAUUAUUGACCAUAUGCUGAAUAUGAUGGAAAAAUACUCAGCAGAUUUGGAAUCCCAAGUGCGAGAGCGGACGUUGGAACUCGAGGAAGAGAAAGUAAAAACAGAAGAACUGAUCGCAAGAAUGCUGCCACUGUGAGUUUACUACAAAGCAAUUUUAUGGCACCAUGGGCUAGUUUUUGAUCGCAUAACGACAAUGUUUUGCCUUAUGCCUACCUGAGUGAAUCAUUACCUCUCACCUACUGCAGGUUGAUGAAAAAGUCCCUAAGAUAAAACGGAAUCAAAAGUUGCAUAUAAUAAGAUGAUGAUGGCUAUGAAAAAACAAAGUUUUUACUAUUACAGUGACUGAGAACGCACACUAGGGAUGUUCCCAAUAGUUUACCUAUCACCCGGUACAGAAUCCAGGAUCUAUGACAGAUGUAUUGUUUUUUUUGUUCCACCUCUGUAGGUUGGACUGGAUUAAUAAACAUUCAGCUUUUCAACCUCCUCAGAAAGCAACAGUUAACUUGGAGUAAAUCAGUCGGAUUAAAGCCCUAUAGGCUCAUUUUGAAAGUUGCUGUGACUGUUUGAGCCGAAAACAAUCAGCUACACGGGGAUAACCGCGUAAUAUUUAUAAGCUACUAGCAGUCAUCCACUAGUUUGCAAACGUGUUCCGACGCACCCCUCGCAGCUGUGUCAUGCAGCGGCAGAAUAUUGGCGAAACAGUUGUCUGGGGGUUAACCUGAUAUCUGUGGUUUUCAGUAUGAUAAAUCAAGCUGAAUUAAGCAAUUGUGAAACUAACUAUAAACUGUUUCGGCCGAUAAACCAACAGAAAAUUGUUACAGAGAUAGUAAUUUAAGUAAGGCACUAUCAGUUAUUGUACGGCUCCUACCCUACCUUGCAGGCGUCGAAAAAUCCCCAAGAGUGUCUAUCACUUUACAAAAUACCAAACAAACUCACAUUUCUCAGUGGCCAUUCGUUGAAAUUUAAGAGAAGUCGUCGGAGUAUGUUAAUUUUGAAAGACCUACUGCUUGCCAAAUGAUAAAGCAGUACAGGAUCACAAUUUGUCACACAAAACUAAACAUAAUACUAAACAUCAGACACUACUAAAUUCACCGUUGACACAAUAGCAUCGAUAGCAAGGCAGAUAAGUGUAUCCUAAUAUGUGAGUGUAAUCAAGGUCACCGUAUUACUUUCAUUUUAUGGCCGACGAUUAGCUGACGGCGAAUGGGUUCUCAUUAUCCCCAUUUUUUCCUUUUGCAAACUCACAUAAAUCGAGGUGGAAUUGAUAGGGCAUGCCGCAAAAUGUGCUGUAAUUUGUGGAUGAUGUCAAGUUCACUCUAUUAUCGUCAUUCGGUGGCCACUCCAAUUGUCGAAAAUUAUUUGCUGGCCGUUUUGCGUCUCACUAUGCUAGUUUUUCCUUUUGCAAAUAUUUAAAAUAGACCUUAUUUGCAUUGCCACAGAUCUGUUGCACAGGCGCUGAUAGCUGGCAACACCGUGGCCCCAGAAGCCUUCGACGAGGUCACCAUCUACUUCAGUGACAUCGUUGGCUUCACAGCAAUUUCAGCCUGGUCUACACCUCUGCAAAUCGUUGAUCUACUCAAUGCGCUCUAUUCCACCUUCGACUCAACAAUUGCGAAAUUCGACGUCUACAAGGUACCGGCAUAGAGAUCAGACGUCUGUAUUAGUUCCCUUCCUUCUUGCAAUUAGAUGUUACCACCGACACAGACGUCCUGGUUCAAAAAUUCAACAAUGCACACCCCUCGCCAACGUUCUCUGCAGAGUUUGAGGCAAAUAAUGAAAUCGCGUUCCUCGAUAUUCUUCUGCACCGACAAGAGAAUGGGUCUAUCCAACGUAGGGUAUUCCGAAAGAAAACCUGGACCGGACAAUACAUUAAUUUUCACAGUGUUGUUCCCCUAAAUAUUAAACGCAAUUUAGUCCAUGGAUUGACAGCUAGAGUACGACAUAUCUGCUCUCCUGAGACUGUUGAGGCAGAACUUCAGCGGUUGCGGGAUAUAUUCCACGAAAACGGAUACCCAGAAAGAUUUAUCCUCCGAAAUAUAGGGGAGCGCACUGCAAAGCCCACCAUGGCAACUGCAGAAAAGAAGGACUUAUUUAUAAGACUGCCUUUUCAAGGGGACGCAGCAAGUGACCUAGUAAGAAGACGUCUGAAGACAGCGACCACUAGCGCUUUCCCCGCGGCGAACUUACGUGUAUGUUUCACAAACUCUCCCCUCCUACGCUUGGGAGGUAAAGACCGACUCCCGUCGCAGGCCACAUCGAUGUGUAUUUACUCAUUCACUUUCUCCUGUGGAGCGGGAUACAUUGGCCGUGCAACGAGGCGCCUGGAAAAGAGAGCACGUGAACACUUACCGGCCUGGCUAGGCAGAGGUGAAAAGAAAUCGAUCUCGAGUUCUAUCCUGGCACAUCUUGUCCAUACGAAUCACCGAGUCGAUGCCAAAGAAGACCUUCAGGUUGUCUACCGGACACCAGCAUGCUUCCCCAGGGGCCUACGCCAACGGGUGCUAGCUACAGUCUAAGCAGUGACUAUACGGCUAGCCAAUCCAGUGCUAUGCUGUCAGAAGACUCUGACACAGGCACUCUGUCUUCCGUGGCCAACGCCGACCCAACCUCUUGAUGGCAGUGGUGCGUGCACAACGCACCCGACGUACAAACAUUACUCACAGCCUAUGUCCCCCCUCUACCUCGCCCCCUUGACCCAAUGACUGACCAAGCCAUAGCACGCCCCGUCAUGCGAGUGCGUGGGGAUGAUGGGUGUUAAUAGUUCCUGAAUCACUUAUAAGCUCUGUAACUUUACAUAAUUUAAACUUCUACGUAACCGUUUUGGCCUGAUGAAGAGUUACCGAAAACACGUUUGCCAAAGUGACUUUUCAAUUGUAACAUGGGAAUAUUGGCUGAAAUUAGGAAUAUGUUUGCUGAUUGUUGCACUCCGAGAAUUCCAAAAGCCCUUUCAAAAGAUCCUACACUGAGGGUAGUGGAUCACUGCAGAAGUCCUUAUAAAAUAUAUAGAAAGGGAGAAAAUAGACUGGCUAAUAGAAAGUAUUUUUAAGAGAUGGUUCCAUAAUAUGACCUUGUCUUUCUCGUCUGGGACUUGCUGUUUCAGCACUGUUUUUUCAUUUCAGGUUGAAACCAUAGGUGAUGCGUACAUGGUGGCCUCGGGGUUACCUAUCAGAAACGGCAGGCGGCACGCUGGUGAAAUCGCCACAGUGGCUCUGGAACUACUAAGUGUGGUUGGAUCAUUUGUCAUUCCACACAUGCCACAGAUUCCCAUUUUGCUCCGCAUUGGAAUACACUCUGGUAACUGGCACUGCGCUUGGUGCCCUAGUAUACUUUGCGAAACCACAAAAUCGAACCACAGGUAGACAUAGGCCUAGAUGUACCCAAAACAAUUUUAGAAAUUGUUAGUAUUCAGAUGUCAUUUGUUGCAACGCUUUGGUGUGAAGGUCCUGGACACUGAACGGUGUGUUAAUCAAUCGCCUUUUGUUUUUGCACGCCCUGCGCAUGCUGAUUUUCAGAAGCCGAAUUAUUUUGUGUAUUUCAGAAGUAUAACCAUGACUCCCUUCACAUUCAUCGAUCGGUUUUACAAGACAAGCUGUAAGAAUAAGCAGGAAGUCGUAUUUCUGAUACGCCAAUCUAAUAGCACAAUGUCUUAAUAAGCACUAUAUAUCUCACGCGAACGAUGAAUCCGUUGAGAAUUAUGAUGUAUUAUGCUGACUCCGUAACUUCCUUUUCUGCCAUAGUCGCCAUUCGGUUUAAUUCGUUUAAUCAAAAGCACGCCAUAAUCAAGCGUUUGGUCUCCCGCACAAACUUCAACUUGUAAAGCUGUACUCAAUAAAUUCUAAAAAAGAUAUCUGUUAAGGGACAUGCAAAAGGCUUUAACACCUAAACCGAUUCAACUGAAAAGAAACAAAAAUUUAGCUUGCAUACCCAAAUUAGGUCAGACCCUAACCUAGACUAUUUCGCCAGUAUUCUAUUGAACACAGAAGCCGACGAACAACACCAGGUCUUCAGGCUCCCGCAAAAUCCUAUCUGAAACCUGAGUCCCUAGUUUAGGACGGUUGAACAGAGGGAUGCAAAAAUGUGAUUUUUCUCCAAGGUACUGGACGUCAUUAAAGUGUUUAAACUCUCCUGAAAAACCCUUUUCCCUCUUUAACUCUAUAUGCGACAGCCCGAACUGAGUCUUUUUUUCGCUAGGACGAUCUAACUUUGCUUUUUAUGUGCAUAAGCAUUUUAAGCCAGUCUUUGGCAUCUUCCUAUGGUUGUUUAAUCCUAUCGUGGAAGCUCAAAAGGCUCUGAACUAAUCUACGGACAAGGUAAACCACUUUCAACAGUUCAUUUAUGUUGUGCAGAAGCAGAACUUCGUUUUACAUUUGAAAAUAUGGUUAUUAUUUUCGUCCUAUUCUCCGUAGGCGCCUGUGUUGCUGGAGUGAUCGGCCUGACCAUGCCGAGGUAUUGUCUGUUCGGUGACACAAUUAAUACUGCAUCCCGGAUUGAGUCGUCUGGGGAAGGUGAGCAUCUUCGCAAAAGACUUUUUAAAAAAAUGUCAGAUGGAAGUUGGAAGUGCACCUUUCUAUGGCUACUUUUCGUAUGUCGUCGCUAUGUACACGGAGUAAAAAUACUAUCCUAAGGCAAAUGGGCGUUUUAAUUUUAUAUUGCUAACUUACCCAUCUGUAAAUGCUUUAUAGGUGGCAUCUGGGUUUUAGAAAUUGUGAUAUAUAAACUCGCAAUUCCGUUUUUGAUGUCACUCAGAAAUACGACUGACAAACUACGGACACCUAGGAAGAAAUUUGGCACCGUCUACAUGCUUCAAUUAGAGCUCAAAUCGUUCCUAUCUUGUGCCAUGCAAAAAAUGAACCCCAUUUUUUCAUUUCUUUGGAAUGUUAAAUUAACGAUAACUCCUAUCAUGCAGGUUUAUCCAUUAAAAAUGAUGUAACGACCAACGAAGAAAACGAUUUUUCACUCAGAUCCAAUUGACUGGCUGCUUGCAUGGGCCUUGAAGCAGAAAGAUUUGUGCAAAGUACUUGAGUAUAGAAUCUCGUUUAAGCGUAAUUACUGAAUUCCAUAUUAUAACUGCGGUUGAAAUCAUCGGUCAGUUUUGAAGUAUUUAACGACUCACAAUAUUCAGAAAAUUAUGCUUUAUGGAAUUCUGCUUCAUCGUGUAGAGUAGUCGAUUGCCAGAAAAUGACUUCACCGUUUUCGUAAAAGCAAGAUCAGUAACGGAUCUUUAUACGCAAAGUCUAUAUUAAAGUGUUUAAUUAUAUCGUGGUCAAAACUAUACAUUUUUAUUUAUAUAAAUUACAGUAAAUUUGCUAACGCAUAAAAUGUUAACUAAAGUUUUGCAAUGCGUUUCCGACACAAAAAGCUAACUUAAGUAGGAUUAUAGUAUUAAUCACCGUUCAGUACAAUUCUAAGAUACUUCAGGUACUUCUGGAUGCCAGCUCCCGAACGAAUUUAUUUCCGGUCGCCUAAAAAACCAUACUCUGAAAAAAAUGUCCACUUAAAUUGAAUCCUAUAUAGUAUUCUUUGAGUAACGUAUAGAAAUAUAUGAUUUGUCAUAAACUUAGAAUUGACAGCUUGUAGUUUUGAAAACCUGAAUUGAAGUGUAACUACAGGCCGGGUUCAGAAUCUCCCAGGAAUCAGAAAAGUCCUGUAAAGUCGAAUUAUACCCUUCUUUCAAGAAUAAAAUUGGAAGAUAACAUAAUUUUCUACAGCACAGAUAGAGGAACAAAUAUUUUAUGCCCAUUUUCUUCGAAGUAUAUUUAAAUUAAUAAGGGCAUCGGAAGUCGAUUUAAAAAAAUCAUUCUAAUUAAGUGGUCAUUUAUAAGAGUGUGGUUUUUGUAGGCGGCCCCAAGGAAGUUUGCUCGGAAGCCGGCAUCCGGAAAUACCUGAAAUAUCUUACGAUUGUGCUGCACGGUGAUUAAUACUACAACCCUACUUAAGCAAUCUUUUUGAGUAGGAAAGGAAUUUAAGAAUUUUGCUUAGCGUUUCAUGAGUUAGCGCGCCGACUGCAAUUGCCAUCCUUCACUCAACAUUAUUUAACUCUACGCCCACGGUGUGUGUUUUAGUUUUGGCUUCAUUUUCGUUGCUCCAAAUUCAUUGGCAACAUUACAACCAUGAUCUUUUAAACCCUCAGUACUAUGAGAAAGUCCAGAAAUGUUUACACGCUUCUCAGAAAAUACAUGAAGCGAUUAAAAAAAUAACAUUGCAGUACACCUCACUGCUGUGAGAAACUCCUGAGCUACUGAUGUGUUUUUGCAAACGACGUAGAAAGCCUGUGAAAGUACGGUGAGUGGCUAAAAUUCUGAAAUGCGCUUUCGAUUAGGAAGGAUUACUUAGACGCGAUUAUAAUACUGCAUAUCUUACGGCAUAAUGCUAUAAUCCUUUGCACUCGGCAGGACGCCAACCUUUGAAUGCAUUGCUUUUCGAUCUCUUGUGGAAACUGUACUCGUAAAAAAGACGACUUAAGUAGCAUGCAUUUUUCGAACUGAUUUUCUGUGGUCUUGCAGAUUCAAAAAUAAUUUAUAGAAACUGCAAACAAGAAUAUGCAUUAUUUAAGUCGUUUGAUAGAGAAUCACGUCAUCUUGGUAUUUUCUACUCGAAAGCAUAAGGUACGCCAGAAUAUUAUUCCCAUGUACGCAUAAUUGGAAGUUAAAAACGAGUUUAAAUCUGUUCUCUCACAGAAAGACAGGCAUUGUCUUAUUCAGAGAGACCCACGCCGCUGUCAACGAUUUUCAUCAUCGAGAUUAUCGCAACAUGAUUAGUUUUGUUAACAGGACACUUAGCCUUCAGAAUUUGGAGCAUUCAGGUCAUUUUACAUGAGCCAUCUUUUUAUAUGCCAUUCAAAGCACUGAGAAUACAUGUCAGCCCUUCAACAAAGACAAUACUGGACGAGCUCAAAGGAUACAAACUAGAAUACCGUGGCAAGAUGACUCUGAAGGGUCGAGGCGACGUGGACACAUAUUGGCUAGUGGGAAAAAGGGGUUUCAAGAAACCAAUAAAAAGGCCCCUUGAAAGUGAUGGGUAG